AUGCGUGCAAAUUUGGAGGUCCCUCACUAUUUUCAGUGCCCCAUUUCCUUAGAAAUGAUGCACGACCCCGUCACCCUUUCCACCGGCCAGACCUACGACCGGUCCAGCAUCGAGUCGUGGGUCUCCACCGGCAAUACCACCUGCCCCGUAACCCGCAUCCCCCUCCCCGAUUUCACCCUCAUCCCCAACCACACCCUCCGCCGCCUCAUCCAGGACUGGUGCGUCUCAAACCGCUCCCCCCACAUCCCCACCCCCAAGCAGCCUGCCGACCCCUCCCUCGUCCGCACCUUCCUCGCCCGCGCCUCCUCCGCUUCCGCUCCCUACCCUUCAAGGCUCUCCGCCUUGAAAGCCCUCAGAGCUUUGGCACGAGACUCCGACCGAAGUAGAUCCGUCAUCACAGCCGCCUGCGGGGCCCGCCAGAUCCUGCUCUCCAUAGCCUUCCCCGACCUCGGAUCUGAGCCCUCCGACCUGAACCACGAGGCGCUCGCGCUCCUCUCCGUCUUCGCCCUACCGGAAUCCGACUGCGAGUGCCUGGCCGGUGACCCGGACCGGGUGGGCUACCUCGUCAGCCUGCUCUUCAACUCGUCCAUCGACGUCAGGAUCAGCUCCGCGUCGGUUAUCGAGGCCGUCGUUGCCGGGAUCCGCUCGCCCGACCUCCGAUUGAGAAUCAGCGGCGCUGAAGGCGUGUUCGACGGCGUCGUCGGGAUACUGAGCUGCGACUGCCCGAGGGCGGUGAGGGCCGGGAUCAAGGCCCUGUUCGCGCUGUGCCUGGUCAAGCAGCACCGUCACCGGGCAGUGGCGGCGGGUGCUGUGGCGACACUGGUGGACCGGCUGGCGGAGUUGGAGAGGUGCGACGCGGAGAGGGCGCUGGCGACGGCGGAGCUGCUGUGCCGGAUCCCGGCGGGAUGUGAGGCGUUUGGGGAGCACGAACUGACCGUGCCCUUGCUGGUGAAGAUGAUCCUGAAGGUGUCGGAGCGGGCGACGGAGUACGCAGCGGGGGCGCUGCUGUCGCUGUGCUUGACGUCGGAGGCGGCGCGGCGGGAGGCAGCGGCGGCCGGAGUCCUGACUCAACUGCUGCUGGUGGUGCAGAGCGGUUGCACGGAGAGGGCGAAGCGUAAGGCGCAGAUGCUGCUGAAAUUGCUGCGGGACUCGUGGUCCCGUGAUUCCACCGUUGCCAAACACGAUGCUGCUUUACUUGGAAACGACGUUGUUUUGUUUUGA